AUGUCCAUGUUCCCAGCCCUCACGGGCAAACACGACCUCCCUAUCACAUACUCCGAAGAUCUCGUGGCCAUCCCCAUCCAACCCCGCGUCCUCCUAAAGCUCCCCAUCCCGCAUUCCACGCAUUUAUACGUCUGUCUCGUGGGCAUCUUCAUGCCGCAUCGCCAAGAUAAGGAGAUCAACCGCAUGAAUCUCAAUAUGAGCAAACGCGAGUUUGUUGAGAAGUUGCGGGAUUUGACCAGGGAACGAGGUAUUCUUGGGAACGUAGCGCAUGGAGAGCUACCGGUUGCAUUCUGGUUUUUCAAGGUUGAUGGAGAGGAAGAUGAUGUCACGAAUGGGGAUGAGUGCAUUAAUGUCGGGGCGAAGUGGAGGUUGGAGGAUUGGUGA